CAUUUUUCACUUCCUUGAAACCAGCCUUUCUGGGAGAGCUGAAUUUUUGGUGGGCUGCUCUACACGGAAUUAAUUGGAUCAUCGAGAUUGUUCUUGGUGAAGCCAGAGGGACCAAACAGGGCUGCAGAAAAGCUGAAGGAAAUUGAAGUGACUACAGGUUAACAAAAGAGCAGGAAUAUUUUGGGGAAAGAUGAAAGAGAAAUAAGAAGUGAAAUCAUAAAAACAGGAAGAACAGUACCAGAAGCGGUGCUCCCUGGAACAACUGCAUGAUGGGAGAAGUCUCUGUCUGGAAAGAACUGUCUUAGGAUUGGACUUGUCUGCAAAUAUUUUUCAUACUUCACUAAUCACGGUAUUUUACCUCUUUAAAUCUGCAACUGGAAUCUUGAUUCAUUUAAGACACAAAGCUACUGAUGAAGGAAAAGAGACAGUGAGGCAUGGGACAACUGUUUUGGACCUGAAAAUCAGAGAGUGCUUGUUCUGUUCCUCAGUGUCAUUUCUAAGCUUUGGAUAAAAGGAAGACUCGUGCAAUUGAAGGUCAGACAAAUUUUCUGAGUUCUUACAAGAGUAUGACCUUUGGAAGAAGUUUGUAGGCCUCGUUCUAUUGAAGGGGUUGUUUCAGCAGUCUCCCAGCCUGCCUUCCCAAGUCAAAAUCUUAAUGUGAAAUGAGUUCAGACUUCCGGAAACUCCUUUUUGACAUUUCUGAGGCUUUGGCCACAGAAGAAUUGGCAGCUCUAAAGUUUCUCAGCUUGGAGCAUGUCCCUGUGAGGAAGCAGGAAGAUACUGAGGAGCCCAAAGCUUUCUUUGAAGUGCUGAAGGAGAAAGGGAUGAUCGAGGUGGGGGACCUGUUCUUCUUGAAGGAGCUGCUCUACCGGAUCAAUCGGAUAGACCUUCUGGCUUCCCACCUGGGCUCCAGCCGAGAGGAGAUGGAGAGGGAGCUCCAGGUCCCAGGGAAGGCAAAGGUGUCAGCCUAUAGACAACUGCUAUACGGAAUUGCUGAGAACUUAACUCCAGAUGAUGUCAGGAGUGUAAAAUUCCUGCUGCAAGAAAAAUUGCCAAAGAACAAGCUACGGGAUAAUGCUUCAAUGUUGAAGAUAUUAGUGGAAAUGGAAAGAAAUGGGAUAAUUAAGGAAGAUGACCUAACAAUGUUGAAGAGUAUAUUAAAGGUAUUUAGAGCUGACCUAAAGAUCAAAAUUGAUAACUAUGAAGAAAAAACAAAAGAAAAUGAUUCUAACGAAAAUCUGAGCUUUCCAGUCUGUGUGUCUACGCAUCCACCAGGACAAGGAGCAGAGGGUGGGUGUGUGGAAUCAUAUAAGAUGGAAAAUAACCCCCAUGGUUACUGUGUGAUUCUGAACAACUACCGUUUUAAAAAUCCAGAUGAAACCAGAGAAGGAACAGUGGAAGAUGGAAAAGCUCUGAAGAGAGUAUUUAAAUGGCUUCAGUUUGACACAACUGAGUACAUGGAUCUAGAAGCAAAGCAAAUCUUUGCAAAAGUUAAAGAAUACAGCAAAAAAGAUCAUAGCAACAUGGACUGUUUUGUUUGCUUCAUUCUUUCACAUGGUGAGAAGGACAAAAUAAAAGGCACUGAUCGUGAACAUGUAAAUAUUAAAGAUUUACUCUCCUGCUUCAGUGGAUCUAAUUGUCCUUCUCUUGCUGGCAAGCCCAAGCUAUUUUUCAUACAGGCGUGCCAAGGCUGUGUAGGUCAUCCAGCUGUUACAGUAAAGGAAGACUCUUCUGGUCAUCUUGAGAUGGAUGCUAUCCCUCUGCCUUCUAUUCCUGACCAGUCUGAUGUUCUGGUUGGCAUGGCUACUGUGGAAGAUUUUGAGUGCUACCGUUCUAUAGAGAUGGGCAGUGUUUACAUUCAGUGCCUCUGUGAAAAGAUGGAGCUACUUUGCCCACUUCACAAGGAUCUCAUGACCAUUCUGACAGAAGUGAACAAGGAAGUGGGAAGAAGAGUAUUAAAUGGGUGGAAACAGAUGCCAAAGAUAACAUCAACCCUACGGAAACAACUUAUUUUCCAAAUUCCACAAUGCCAGUCAAUUGAAAAGCAGGAAAAAUAAGAAUGUCCUUGAUUAGGAAUUGCUUCUGGAAUGGACUUCCACAGGGAAUUUAAGAGAACUUGCAAGAGAAAUUGUCUGGGUCUGUGUAGUUCGUUGUUGUCCUGCAAGGAGCCAUCUGACCUAAAUUUUUCGAAUGUCAUGUGUAAUGAGUCUGCUCAAACUUAAAUUGUUAGGUUGUCUAAGGCAAUGGAGGAGAAAAGAGUUGCUUUCAUGUCAUGCAGAAGCAAUGAAAUCUGUUCAGCCCUGGUCUUAAGUGAGGAAGCACCUCCAAGCAGGAUGAUUUUUGUGUGUUCUAUGCCAUUUCUAUCAUUUCUAUCUGUUGGGAGAGUAAGUCCUUGAAAUCUGAAGAAAAGAAAAGGAAGAUUUAGAGCACCAGAUCCCUUCCCAGGGAACUUGUGUACUGAUUUACACAGAAGUGAGUGACGGGGUAUCUCUGGAAGCUGUGUAGUUUUUCACAGAAAAUAAGUCUCUGUGCAGAAGGAUAAAAGAAAAAUGAUUGUUAUAUCAUUUCGGUUCUUUUCCUUCACUUUUUUUUUUGUUAGUUUGUUUGCUUUAUGUUAUUAAUUUGCAUGAUUGGGCAGCAUUGCUGGUUAGGAUUUUUAAUAAUAAGUUCCAAUUGUGCUCUUUCUCAGAAUGCUUGGGAAGCAUUAUCUUUUGAAAGGCUGUUGACCACUGGAAGUAAGGUUCCAUUCCAUGAGACACAAUUCUGAGACGCUGUCACCUCCUGGCUGUAGCAUCUACAAGCUCCUAAUCUCUGCUGUAAUAAACACUGUUGGUUGUCACAUCACCUUUGUUUGUGGUGUUUUCCUCUGAGGAGUUGACUGAAGGACAGUCAGCACAACGAACCUUCUUUGCUUCAGCUAAAGAAGUUAUUUUUGCUUUCACUGAAGUAUUCUAUGGCAGACACUGUGAGGGAGAAGUGGCACAUCGAUAUUCUUUCAUUAGCAGAUGGAGAGAUGGAAGAAAGAAAAAACUUAAAAUUUGGGACAUUCUUGAUAACGGGAGCUGAUGCCAGUGAAGCUGCUCUUACCUUGUAUUUUCAGCAAUAUGUAUGUAGUAUCUGGGAGCCAUCUGAAAUUCUAAUGUCUACGUCCCUUAUAAGCUUUGUAGCAAGAUAAAGGAUCAGUGUGAAACA